UACGAGCUGGAGGGUGUACUGUGUGCGUUCCCGCAGCAACAGGGAAGAUGGCUGCACUCGCAUCUCUCACCCAGCUGUCAAGUGGGAACCCUGUGUACGAGAACCUUUAUAGACAGGUGGACCCAGGAAACACGGGGAGAGUAGGGCCCACGGAAGCUGCGUUGUUCCUGAAGAAAUCGGGUCUUCCUGAUGUCACGUUGGGAAAGAUCUGGGAUUUGGCAGACCCAGAUGGGAAAGGGUUCUUGGACAAACGGGGGUUCUAUGUAGCUCUGCGGUUGGUGGCCUGUGCACAGAGCGGACAAGACGUCAGCCUCUCGAGUUUGAACCUCACUAUCCCUCCCCCCCAAAUUUGUGAGUACAAUCCUCACUACACACAGGACACUAGCAGCCCAUCUCUCAGCACAUCAUCCGUCUCUAGUGAACCCCACUGGGCUGUGAGGCCUGAAGAAAAGGGCAAAUUCGACGGCAUAUUUGAAAGCCUUGCACCAGUCAGUGGACUCCUCUCUGGUGACAAAGUAAAACCAGUUCUAACCAACUCAAAACUACCUCUGGACGUGUUAGGAAAGGUUUGGGAUCUCAGUGACAUUGAUAAGGAUGGACAUCUGGAUCGAGAUGAAUUUGCGGUGGCCAUGCACCUGGUCUACCGGGCCUUGGAGAAGGAACCGGUCCCCUCUGUUCUCCCCUCCUCUCUCAUCCCUCCAAACAAGAGAAAGAAGUCAUUGGUGGGCUCCCUUCCUGGCAUGGUGCCCAUGUUGCCCGCCAGCCCCCCUUCCCCCAAGGACAGCCUGCGCUCCACGCCUUCCCACGGUAGCAUGAACUCCCUCAACAGCGCCGGGAGUCUCUCCCCCAAAUAUUCUCUAAAAUCUGCACAGCACUCAGUGAACUGGGUAGUCCCGGUGACAGACAGAGGGCGCUAUGAUGACAUCUUCCUGAAGACAGACUUGGAUGUAGAUGGCUUUGUCAGCGGCAUGGAAGUCAAGGACAUCUUCAUGCACUCAGGGCUUCCCCAGAAUUUACUGGCACACAUAUGGGCCCUGGCAGACACCAGGCAGAUGGGGAUGCUGACGCGGGAGCAGUUUGCUCUGGCCAUGCACUUCAUCCAGCAGAAAGUCAGCAAAGGCAUGGACCCUCCUCAGGCCCUGACCCCUGACAUGAUCCCCCCUUCAGAGAGGGGCACUCCCGUGCCAGACAGCUCCAGUUCUGUGGGGUCAGGGUCAGAGUUCACUGGAAUCAAGGAGCUGGACGACAUCAGUCAAGAGAUCGCUCAGCUGCAGAGGGAGAAGUAUACCUUGGAGCAGGACAUCAGAGAGACAGAGGAGGCCAUCAGACACAAGUCCUCGGAGGUGCAGGAGAUGCAGAACGACCUGGACAGAGAGACGUGCAGCUUGCAGGAGCUGGAGGCCCAGAAGCAGGAGGCCCAGGAGCGGCUGGAGGAGAUGGACCAGCAGAAGGCCAAGCUGGAGGACAUGCUCAACGACGUCCGGAUCAAGUGCAAUGAGGAGUCCCAAAUGAUUUCAUCCCUGCAGAAUCAGAUCCACUCCCAGGAGACUGACCUGCACAGCCAAGAAGAGGAGCUGAGUCGAGCCAAGGCAGACCUGAACCAGCUGCAGCUGGAGGAGAGCCAGCUGGAACAGAGCCUAACGGCUGGCAAGUUCCAACUGGAGACCAUCAUCAAGUCCCUCAAAGCCACCCAGGACGAGAUCAACCAGGCUCGCAGUAAGCUGUCUCAGAUCCAGGACAGCCAGCAGGAGAUGACUAAGAGCAUUGAGCAGUACAACAGCAACCUGAACGGGACCCACGGAGGCAGCAUGACCAACCUGGCUGACAUGAGCGAGGGAUUCCACGACCGCGAGAAUGGAGGUUUCGGAGCCAUGGAGGACCCAUUUAAGGUGAAGACAUCUGGGUUCUGUAGCGUCCCUCAGGAGAUGCACACAGACCCCUUCCACUCCGAAGACCCCUUCAAGACAGACCCGUUCAAAGGUGACCCCUUCCAAAACGACCCUUUUGCAAAGCAGCCAUCAGUCCCAGCGCCUGCAGAUCUCUCUCACCAUCCAGACCCCUUUGGGGGGGACCCAUUCAAAGAGACGGACCCCUUCAAAGCUACGUCGGAAGACUUCUUCAGGAAGACCACCGUCAAGGCAGACCCCUUCAGCACCCCCGACCCCUUCAGUAAAAGUGCCACGCUCCCCACCAAGACAAGUCACUUUACAACCAGUGCAGACCCUUUCGUAUCCAUUAGCCCAAAACCCAUCAGAGGCCCAGGACCAGAUCUCUUUGGCACGCUCGACCCCUUUGGAAGCAGUACUGCCUUUGGAAGCAGUAACAGCUCAUUUGGCAGUAACAGUGGGUUCGCAGACUUCAGCCAAAUGGCAAAGGUCAGAGACCCGAUGGAAGGAAGAGGAGGCUUUCCAGAAUACCAACAGUCUGGGUUCGUAGACGACCCCUUCAGUAGGAAGCAGGACGGCCCAGCUCUGCCGCCCAAGAAGAGCAUUCCACCCAGACCCAAACCACCCAGUGGUAAAAGCACCCCCGUCAACAUGCCUGGAGGAUCGGGCGACUCGACCAAGCCCUGCGACCCCUUCCAGCCGUUUGGCAGUGACGGCAUCGACCCCUUUCAGAGUAAAAAGGGGCUCGGAGACCCGUUUAGUGGCAAAGAUCCUUUUGCUCCAUCUGCCUCAAGUAAAGCCUCUAAAGACUGUUCCUUGGGUUUUGCAGACUUCAGUUCUUUUGGAAAUGAGGCCCAGCAACUGGAGUGGGCGAAGCGAGAGAGUGAGCGAGCGGAGCGGGAGCGGCUGAGGAGGCUCCGGCAGCAGGAGCAAGAGGACUUAGAGCUCGCCAUCGCUCUCAGCAAGGCCGAGAUGUCCCACGGGUGUGGAGGGGAACGGAUGAUGGCCCAUGGUUUGUGAAGGAGGUGAUGCGCUCUUUAAAUGCACUAUAGAGGCUGGCUUAACAUGUAAAGGUGAGCAGAAUAUGUGUCUGUCUGGUGAGGGAGCAUGGAUCCCCUCACUUGACCGACUAGAGCCCUGACAGAUGUGAAGAAGGGAAUAGCUAAAGGUUAUGGCGGGAUGCUUUUGAAGAUCGAGAUAUUAUUUUAGUAUUGGUUUAUUAUGUGAAUGUGGUGAGCCAUGGGAGGAGUGCUGGAGGCUUCCUUGACUGGUUACUGCAAGUGUUGUGUGAGAGAGAGAUCUGCUUGGACCAGAACAAAUUGUACAGAUAUAUUUUCUUUCUCGCCGAGUGUGAGAUAGUAGAUGCAUUGUUUUUUACAAUAUUUCAGUGCUUCUUCAGCGAACAUAGGGAGAAGGAAUGGAUACUUAGUUGUGCCUCUUCUGACAGUUUAAGUAAGUUCAAAAGGCUGUGAUUUACAUCAAACAACCACAAAAAAAGACUAGAUGAGGGAAAUUCUUUAAAUUUUUACUAUGUUUUAUUAUAGAGGGUUUAAUUGCAGAUUUGUACGAUUGUUAUUUAAUUUAAUUAUGUGGUAAGUGUUAUUUUAUUAUUUGAUGUAGUAUUUGUUAAAGGACUGAAACAAUAUUGUUAAUUACAAUUCUAGGUGUAAGAACUGCAAAAAUGGAUAAACCUGCAGAGAGGUCAAAGAAAGUAAGGAAUGGCCUGUGGUUUUCUUCGGGCUAACCAUCAAUGAUAUGCAAAUUCAUUAGGUCACGUAAGUUUCACAGCUAUAACGUGAAUAUUCAACGGUUUGCGUUACAGUGUGUCAUAGUUUGUUACAACUUUUAUUUUAUUUUACUAUUUUACUUUUACUUGAUUUUCUUGCUGAUGGUACUGCCUAGCACAUUAAACCUGUGGUUCUUACUUCACUUUCAAACUCAAAGGGCAAUUCCACCACUUUUCAAUCUCAUUUUCAUUAUCAACAGUGUUUACAUGUGUAAAAACGGCACUACAGAUGAAAUAAGUCACGAUGAACUUCGCAGGGUGGUGAAAGUGCACGCCACGGUGAUCUCGCGGGCCAAGAGCUCGCGGGCCAAGACCAGAGUGGGAAAAUGUGCUAUGGAACGCAACAGUUUUUGUGACAAAACUGAAGAGUUGAAAAUUGCGAUGGAAACACAUUCAACUUUAGAUUUUUAUUCAGUACACUUAAAACGAAAAAUGACAUUUUAUGUGACCACAACAAGUCCGUUUGGUGGAAACACACCCCUAGUGGGAAAAUGCGCAUAUUUUCUUUAUGCAGAUUUUUGAGUAUUCGCAUUAAAAUCGGUCGCUAAUUGGAUGGAAACCUAACUACAGAGAAGCUUUUUUUAGGACCUUUCUUCUUAUCUUUUUAACCACAGAUCAUAGAAACGCGUCCUUUUCACAUAUGUAGACAAUGGUGCUGGUCAUAAUGAAUAUGAGGUUGAAAAGUGGCAGAAUUGCCCUUUAAGCUUUGAAUUGAACUGAAUAGAGAUGAUGAUAAUAGUAGCUCAUAUGAAAAUGACAGUUGCACUCAUUUCCCCUUUGUUUUAUGUUCUCCUGUUGUAUUGAACUAUAUGUGUCCUACUGUACAUGUGUCCAUUACCUUUAAUAAGCUUCCAUGUAAUGCCAUUGUUGUCCCCUACUAUUGGAGUAGCCUGAGUGAAAAGACCUAUCCUGAGCCAUAUGUUGUGAAAAUGUAUUAUUAAAGCUACGUUGUCCUUUGGGUUGGGGAAGGACAUGAUUUAAGUUACAAUUCUGCGGUAUGGACCAUUAACACUGCCACUAGGUGGAAAUUGCAACCAUCUCUCCCUGAUAUUUAUUUGUUUAUGUUUACAUAUCAAACUUCUUUGCUGUAGUGGUUACAACAGUGUAAUAAUUUUCUAUGAGAAGAACCUGUUCUGGUACAGAUCUGACCUUUAAUCGGGCUGCUGUUUAUAGCUGAGGAAACCUGUGGUGUUUUAAUCGCAGGUCAGACGCCCGAAGCUUGGAAUGCCAACACUCCCGCCCUUACCCAGAAUGCUCUGUGUCAGAACCCCUGUAAUGUGUCCUCGGGUUAGGGGAAAUCCACAGUGAGUGUGCUUGGUUGGCCGUAGACCAGGCCACAGCUCUCUGUUCAUUGGUCACUUCAUGCCCCUUUUAUACCUUAAACAUCCAUCCAUCCUUUCUUACUCCAUUCUUUGAAGUUAUCAUUGAUCGGUGAAAGAAAGGGUUCCAUGAUGUAUCCCAACCACCCAUCUAAUCAUGUCAGAUUAAUAAUAAUAAUAAUAAUAUAUGCCAUUUAGCAGACGCUUUUAUCCAAAGCGACUUACAGUCAUGUGUGCAUACAUUCUACGUAUGGGUGGUCCCGGGGAUCGAACCCACUACCCUGGCGUUACAAGCGCCAUGCUCUACCAACUGAGCUACAGAAGGGAGGCAGGAUGGAAGGAUGCAUUUUGAGAGUAUUGAAACAGGGCCCAAGUGUUCUCUCAUCCACUACCUAGUGUUCUCUACGUACUUACCACUCAUGCUGUAUUUUGUCUUUGAUACCACCAUUGUGCAAUAGAUUUAAUUUCUUAUUUUCUCGUUGUUCGGGUGUUCGAGUUUGAUCAUGUGUAUAGGGAUACAUGCAGAGGCCUGUAUAUCUAUUGUACAAGUCAAACAGAUUGUAGAGGGCUUUUCUUUUGGUUUUCUGGUUUUCUGACAACUGAUCUGACUUCUAAAGCUUGGUGCAUUCCUUUUCCAUUUGGCCUGCCUUUGACUGUCCCUCUAUAGAUGAAAAUAAGAAAUAAUCCAGCUGUCUUUCUGCAUUGUAUAAGAUGUACACAAACUGUAUAUUAUGUCUGUUAUAUUUGUUUCAUGAGAAGUGGAAAAAUGUGUGUAACUUGAAACAGGAUAUAUGCAAAAAUACAGACGCUUGGAUUUAUUUGAAAUGCUAAUCCCCUGUACAUGGUCAUUGUUUACUAGAAUAAACAUUUCAGUUAAAUUGA